UCUGCACACAUACGCUGAUACGAUGUUCAUUUGUUCCACAAACCGACAGUGAUAUGACCCUCUUAGCAACCUGAUUCUCGAGCAUUUUUCGCUUUAAAACUAUGCUGAACCCACGGCCUUCACGUACUCGCAGCGUGAAUCAGCAAUCUGCUGAUGCUGACAGUAAUUUUGAUGCGCUCAUAGAUCUACUCGCAUCGGAUGAUAUUCAUAAUAUCGCAGUAGCCAAUUCCUCACAUAGCCCUCAUCCCACCGUCGAACUACGGGACGCAUCGGGCAAACUAGAUUUUAACAAGAUCCGUUUGAUGUUCGCAAAACAAAAUUUAGGCGCUGAUGGAACCGAUAACAUCUUCCCCGAUAGCCACUUAGAGAUCCACCGUUUGCGUGCGCAGCAUGGGAACGACGUGCAGGAUGCACUUGGCGGAAGUGGUCUCUCCAGGUCUGUGUCCCCGUCAAGUCAGUUCUCUGAACAGAGGCGGCAGGGUUCACGUCUGCCCUCAGCCGGUUCUUCCGAACCACUGGAUCAGAUUGUUCAGAAUAGGACCACACUGGUACAACAAUCCCCAUCGUCAGCUAGGGCAUCACGCUCUUGUUCCUCUUCAGACGAGUUAGUUCGCAUCAGAUCUGAUGAGAAAUUUUUUUCCUCCCGGGACGAGCUACCGAGUUCGCAAAUUCCCACAGUAAAUCCUACACUGCACACUCAGACACCACCUCAUCAGAGUAGUUCUACAGAGAAAUAUGCCACGAGGACCGCGGGACUAACUGCACCGCUCACGACACCCACAACUUUACGCGCGGUGAGUCCCUGUACAGCUCAUUGUUCGCCCUGAUCCUGAAUCUCUGCAUCUGCGGUAUGGUAGGAUAGGGUCCAAGAUCUGAUUAAGCCACUUCAGUUCGAGCAUUUGAAUCACGAGUUCUCACACGCUACCUCCGAAGUCAACGCUCUCCGCGAUAAUUAUGACAACCUCCGAACCUUGGUCGCGGAGCGGCUUUUCCCGUUGAAGAGCUUACAAGCAGAAAAACCUUGUGUUCAGCCUUCCGGGGAUCAUGACAUUAUUUCGUCCCAGGCACAG